CUUCAGCUGAAUUAGUUGUUCGUUUUUGGUCCACUACACUCAACUCCACGGGCUUCUUUUACCAGGCCGUGUGCCUGGUUACAGCCGAUCAGACCUGAAGCUGCUACCCUCUAGUGCGACCAAGCGUUCAAUUUGGAUCGAAUAUCAUCAAUCGGCCAUCAAUGACAGCAGUAUUCACACAGUUGUGUACAGCACCUUCUGUCGGCUCUGGCGUACUCUCCUACCACAAGUUCUCAUAAUGAAGCCAAUGUCCGAUCUCUGUUGGCAGUGUCAGCAAAACAGCACGGCUAUCAUUCGUUCUGCCAACAGCCAGGAAUCCGAUAAAAGCUCAACUCUCAAGGCUGCUGAAGACCACCUAACGCACGUACAGUUGGAGCGAUCGUACUAUCGAGCGAUUUGUGAUGACUGUCGACAAGAAGUCCGAACAUGCUUCACAGAAAACGGCACCUUCUCACCACCACUGCCUCACUCGGGAAUCCCUGCAAACACCAAGAGAAUAAAAGUGCAUUAUUCAUUUGAUUAUGCUCAGCAAGUACAUUACCCAUGUGAUCCUCUGCAGCCUGGGCCAAUCUUCUUUUUGACACCUCGGAAGUGCUCAAUCUUUGGUGUUCAUUGCGAAGCCAUCCCCCGUCAAGUAAACUUCCUUGGAGACGAGGCAGGAGAUUGUGGCAAGGGAGCAAAUACCGUCAUCAGCCAGCUUCACUAUUACUUCGAACACCAUGGCCUAGGGGAGACGGAGGUGUACCUGCACGCUGACAAUUGUACGGGUCAAAACAAAAACAGCUGCAUGAUCCACUACCUUUGUUGGCGUUGUAUGACAGGACGGCACACGAAGGCCACAAUCUCGUUCAUGGUUGUCGGCCACACCAAGUUUGCUCCAGAUUGGUGCUUUGGUCUUUUGAAACAGCGGUACAGAAGAACGAGAAUUGGCUGUCUCACAGAUAUUGCUACCGUUGUCAACCAGUCUGCAGUCUGCAAUGUCUCCCAGCUCGUUACUAGAGAGGACGGGACAACAGUUGUGCCUGUGUUUGAUUGGACCAGUUUUUUUGCUGUCCCGAUGAAGAAACUGACUGGUAUCAAAAAGUUUCACCACUUUUACUUCGAUUCGGCAAAACCAGGCGAGGUCGUUGUGAAAGUGCGCUCCGAUUCAGCCGAAACGAAAUACGAGUUGCUGAAACAGCCUUGGACUCCUGAUCCUCAAACACUUCCCGACAAAGUUCCACCAAGAGGGCUCUCAAGUGAACGUCAGUGGUACUUAUACGAAAAAAUCCGUCCGUUCUGUCCCUUUGAAUCACAAGACGUAACUUGUCCCUUGCCUACCGCUCCAAGGCCAACCAGUCGCCAUGGAACUCCAGCUACAACACCUCCUCCCCCUGAGUCAUCCCAGCCACCUGCAAAAAAACGGAGAUGUGGUUUGUGCAGGCAGGAAGGACAUGUUCGAACUGUUUGCCCUCAAAGACAAGACUGAAUUAUUUUUUAUACUUAUAAUAUACUUAUUACACUAUUGCAUACUUCACAUGAAAUGUUGUGACUGUUACUCAUUCA